GUCUUCUGGAGGCUGAAGAAGAGCCUCCCCGACGUCCUCCCCAUCGUCUUCGCCUUGGAAGCGGAAGGCUGGUUUGCCUUGGCGCCCUUGGGCCUCGAAGUUGCGACCAGCAUGGGGACGUGCGAGAACCAGCUCUUCCCUCCCACGGACUUCCCAACGCGACCAGCCUACCUGAAGUUCAAGAACUUGAAGAGUGGGCUGAGCUAUUGCCAGUAUGGAGUCCUCAAGGAGAAUGGCGACCUGAUCGACUGCAAGGACGUCCCCGCAGAUGUGGUGAGUGGCGCCGACUCAACGGCUGAGCAGAAGGAGAAGUACAGGCCCCAGGUGCUGGCAAAGUGCGUGUGCACCCCAGGCACGGAAUGCAAGUCGGUGAUUGCGAACGCGGGCGUUGCCUCGGUUGCCUCGACCAUCUUCGUGAGGAUAGCCUUGGGGACGCUCCUAGAGCACUUUGGCCCCGUGAACGUUCAGUGCGGCUUAAUGUCCUUCGGGGCUUUCUGGGUGGCCAUGGCAGCCGCGAUUUCGGCUCCAUGGAACUACACGCUGAUUCGCUUCUUCAUUGGUUGCGCUGGCGCCACCUUCGUGACCAAUCAGUUCUGGUGCUCGCUGAUGUUUGCGCCCAACGUUGUCGGCACGGCCAACGCCACCGCGGCCGGUUGGGGCAACCUGGGAGGUGGCGUGACCCAGAUUUUCAUGAUGUCAGUACUUUUCAAUCUUAUGGUGGCCUCCGGAAUGGAGCCGAAUGUCGCUUGGCGUGUCUCCAUGGUGGUGCCAGCGGUCAUGUUCGUAGUUUGUGCCAUCUGCAUGAAGCUCAUGUGCUGGGAUAUGCCCAUGGCACGCAAUUACGAUCCGACCGUCCCGGCCACUGAGGAUAAUGAUGCGAUUUUCUUUGCAACAGAUGUGAGCGACCAAGAUGAACCAUGCUGCGGAGUGUCGGGAUCGCAUGCUGGACUGCAGGGCCCGUGCGAGACACGCGGCGCGACAGGCCGGCAUGUGGGACCGCGGGUCCCGGACAUGAUGGAAGGCAACACACAACGAUGCCAGAUUUUGCUCAAAGGAGGGGCAAAGCCGAGCCUCGUGGAAGGAUUGGCAGAUUUUCUUCAAUCCUACGAGAAUGAAGCACAAAAUCUGAAUGAUGAAGAGUCUCAGCUAUGGGCAGCGCUUGAGCAACUGAUUCAGCGCAGGCCAGCGAACCCGCUACAAGCACUCAAGGCGCUGGUUACCAAGUUCACAAAGCAGACGCAACAGCACAGGACAGCGGCACCUCAGGAAGUCGGCGGCAAAUCGUCGGGAUGGCAUGACAGGGGCGGCCGCGAUGAGUGGUACAAGUGGGCUGACGGUCCUAACAAUCCGUCAUCGAGCGGCUGGUGGUCACAGCGACAGCAGAAGCAAGGGCCAACCUCGAAGCAGCAGCAGAUGUGGAGACCGCCACAGCAGCAGGAGCAGCAGCAGAGGUGGCACCAAGUCACUUGGAAAGCGAGACACAAUGAUUGGUCAUCCGAGUGGGCGACUCAAGUUCACUUCAUUGAGGGCCCGCGUGAGCUGGCAAAGGCUAUGGAAGACCUGAAUCAAGAUGAACAUGCUUUUGUGGUUUUCACGUCCUCGUAUGACGAGUUCAAAGAAGCAAUCGCCAUCUGUGAAGGUGAACGCAAGCCGAUGGCCACGGUGCUUAUGCCAAAGGGAGCGGAAGACAAUGACAUUACCGAUCAGACUACCCGUGUUCCCGGAACCCUGCAAGGCAAGUUGCAAGCGCGAAACCACUGGUUCAAGUCUUUUGCAGAGGGCAGUCCCGCGCUAAACACUCGCAAGCCUUUGGUUCAGUCUGCUGCCAAGCUCCAAGGAGCUACCGGAAAGCCUACCAAGACGCGCGAAGGCUUUGUGGUUCGACUAGUUGCUCCUGGUCACCUGCAAAGUUGGGAUGAGUGGCCGAACAUGCUUAAAAAUCCCGGACAGGAGGCGAGGCAAUGGGCCCAAGCCACUACACCCUCGGCAAUUGCUGCCAUGGGGGACACGUGGGACUUUGCAAUCGAGAACAACAAGACCAUCAAGGGACUGAUGAGGAUCAAGUCUCACGAUGCCGUGCUUUCGCUUUUGAGGGCCAGCGGUGCCAAGCAUCCGUACAAAAUGCAGCGCUGGAUUGUCGAGGCGGUAACGCCCCCACCGCCGGAUUUUCCACGACGUGUUCUAUGGAUUCAGGAAGAACAGGGCGAAAGAUGGGACUCCUACGCGACGCGGGUGAGACGAAUGGCCAAGGAUGGCGUCGUCAGCGGUAUUCGCCAACUUGGAAUACGAGUGCAGCCUGACGAUACACGCCUACUUGAGAGACCGUGCCUAUGGUGUGCAGACAAAGUGCCCAUUCAUGUCUCCUACGACGACAUCUUUGAUAUCCUCCAAGAGUGUGGUUUCGAGGAUGUUCAACUUGAGCAGCGACAGUGGCGUAAGACUCACGCUGCGUGGAUUUUCCGCGCGAAGCGUGGGGAUAGCAUGGAAAUCCUUCAGCCAUGCUACGAGGAUGUGGAGAUGAUCAUCACAAAAGAGGCUCGCCGCAGAACAUCUCCAAAAAGAAGCGUUAAACUUCAUCAAGAGAGAUCUGUCAAGUUUACGGCUCACUGCCCGAGAGAGGAUAGAUUCCCUCGCAAACUUGAUGAUCAAAGUUUCGAUGAGGACAUGGAUGAAGCUGUUGAUCCCAAGCGCCAAAAGGUGAUCAGUGCUACUCCUAAGUCGGCGCCUGCUCCGCCGGCGCCUUGGUUUCCGGCCAAAGGCAAGCGAGUGACGAAUGAAGGACGAGGAGAUUGUCUCCUGCUGUCCGUGGCCCAAUCCCUCACGGAGUUGGAGAAUAAGCCCCGACACGCAAAGCAGCUGCGAGCCUUCAUGUCUUCCCACAUGGAGCGACACAAAGCAGAGUACGAAGCUCUUUGGGGUCAGGAACCCCCUGGUAAGCCAGCCGAUGCAGACAGCUGGCUCGGAGACUUUGACGAGUACCUGGCCGGCAUAAAGAAAGCAGGCACUUGGUGUGGAUACUUGGAAUGCUUUGCUUUGAGCCGCGCGCUGAGACGCAACAUCCGAGUGCUCACCAGUUCGGGUGAAGUCUGGGCAUUUACUGGCGAAGAGUACGAUGAUCAUGCUAUCACUCUUUAUUUGGACGAACACAUUGAGCAUUACGAAUUCCUCAGUGGGGAUGUUCAGGAAGCUCUCAGACAGCGAUCUGCGGCUCACCCUGGCGGAUCGCAGGGCCCGAAAUGCAAGGGAGGGGCGCCUCGCAGUCUCUCAAUCCCUCUCUCGGCCUUUGCCGCUUCGUCUGCUCGGGCCUCAACUGGCAAAGCUCGCUCAGCGCGCCUUUCGGACUUUGCUGCGGAAGGUGAUGGUGCGAGCAGGGCGAAUGGUUCGGUCACCGGCCUCCUCGUGCCCAGGGCGGCGGCAUCUGCCGACCGCCGUUCCCGGGAGCCGACCAUGAGCCCGCGCGCUCGAUCCAGAUCCAGAUCACCGAAACGGCAGCAUAGCGGCCAACGCGACACUGCUGAGGGCCCGGUUUGCAGAUCUUGGAAGACGCAUAAGCCUCGACGUGUUGCUCCUCCUGGAGAAACCCUGAAAUGGCCCUGUGAUGUUUGCAAACAACUUAUCCAGGCGCCAGAUUCCUCGACUUUGGGUCGACGACGUGUUGUGCAUAUACAGAACAGACAUCCCAACGUUCCCAGGGACAGAUUCUCUCGCCCUGGAAGCUGUGAUGCAGUUGUCGAGCCGCUCCCGCCGGCCCUGUGUGAAUGGAGAUGCUCAGAAUGCCAGCAAGGAAUCCGCAAGGGCCCACCCUCUACCAAGGCGGCGAGGUAUGGGGUAGCCUUGCGACAUUUGCGAGCAUGCUGGGGACCGAAGAAAACCAUCAAGCAGAAUAGGGCUCGCCUCGCCCAGCAAUCCCAUAAGCAGGGUGAUCCUGGAGGAACUAGCAAUUUGAGCAAAAGAAAGGUGGUGAAGCAGCUUUCGGCUGAAAUGAGUGAGACUUCGCCGGAGGCCCAUAAGAUCCGAUCUUUCGUUCACCCUCGUGACGCGACGCCCAAAUCAUGGAGCUGUUGGGCGUGUGAGAGCUGCGCCAAGACGUGGAAUUUUCACCACAAAGGCUUGUACCACCGAUGUCCAGGCCAGCGCCGGCGUGGAUACAAUCUUGCUCGCAGACAGAAGUGGUGGAAGCUGCUCAAGCGUAAGUUCCCCCACAGGAUUUCGAGUUUCGCUCAGGGCCUGGCCAUGACGCAGGAGGAGAUCCAGACUAUGGACUGCAAAAAGCGGCCCAAGCCCAAGCCGCGCCGGCCUCUCAAUAAGCGCAAUGCCCACGAACCCUAA